AGCGGGUGGCCCUGUGUGCUUGGGAAUCAGUUCCAAUCCAUUCAGACUCUUGCAUUUUUCACAGCAAGUGCAGCUCACCCCCAAAUCCCUUUUACACAUGGCGCCCAAGAAAAUUGAACCAAAGAAACCUGAGCUCAAGAAGCCGGAACCCAAGAAAGAUGUAGCCGCAGCUAAACCAGCUCCAGCUCCUGAGCCGGAGCCUCAGCCACCCAAGGAGCCUGACUUUGACCCCAAAAGCAUCACUCUUGAGUACUCUUCGGACCAGAUUGAGGAGUUUAAAGAGGCAUUUACCUUGUUUGACCGCACACCCACCGGAGAAAUGAAGAUCACUUUCGCCCAGUGCGGGGAUGUGAUGCGAGCUCUGGGCCAGAACCCCACCAAUGCAGAUGUGCUAAAAGUGCUUGGAAAACCACGGCCUGAGGACAUGAGCACUAAAAUGGUGGACUUUGAGACCUUCUUGCCAAUGCUCCAGCAUAUCUCCCGUGCAAAAGAUCAGGGCAAUUUUGAGGAUUUUGUUGAGGGGCUCAGGGUUUUUGACAAGGAAGGCAAUGGCACCAUAAUGGGAGCUGAGCUGCGUCAUGUGCUGGCAACACUAGGAGAGAGGAUGACAGAAGACGAAGUGGACAGACUGAUGGCUGGACAAGAGGAUGCCAAUGGAUGCAUCAACUACGCCUCCUUUGUGAAGCACAUUCUCUCCGGGUGAAGGGGACAUUUGACCAUAAAGACUCUGUUUACUCCACUUAUCUGGAUCCUUGUUAAACAUUUAUACAGUUAGGGGUGAGCAUGUGACAUUAUGUUUACACUGUCAAAAGAAGUAAAUGCUCACUGACAUAAUGUUGACCGCAAGAUUUAAUCUUUUCAACAAACACACUAAAAAUGAUAAAAUGCCCAUGAGAUGAUCUGGACAUCCCUGGAGAAAAAGCCAUUAAUAAACAAAGUAUGAAUACAAA